AAGACCAGAUUGUUAUUCAAUUAGCGUCGCUUCGCCGUGAAAGCAAAAGAAUAAAAGAGGAUUUGGAUUUACCAAUCAAAAUCAAAAGAAAGUAAAUGCGCCUUGUUUUUUAUUCAUCAAUCCGAAGAGUGAAAACAACAGAGAAACAGAGAGAGAAAGCGGUUUCUCCAAUGGCGCCUACUGUAGCUGAAACCUUCUUUUUCUUUUCAAUUUUAAAAAAUCAGUAUUAGAGACAGAAAGGAAGAGAGAGAUAGAGAGCUGAAGCUUUGUCGUUGUGGUUUUACUGUGGGCGAUAAUUUGAUAAUUUUACAGUUGAGGUUUUUGUCUUCCUUUUUCUCUCUGUUAAAAGGAACGAGAUAGAAGCGAAAAGAAGAUGAUGAGCUGGAGAAGAGUUUUGAAGUCCUUACAGGCCUUGGCUGCUCAUAGUCUUCUCUUCUUUUUCACCCUCUUGCUUGUCUUCAAGCUCGACCAUAUCGUUUCCUACUCCUGGUGGUUAGUAUUCUUUCCUCUCUGGCUGUUCCAUGGAGUUGUUGCUCGUGGAAGAUUUUCAUUACCUGCUCCAUCAGUUCCGCACAAUCGUCAUUGGGCACCGUGCCAUGCAGUUGUAGCGACACCAUUGCUUGUCGCGUUUGAACUGCUUCUUUGUAUUUAUCUCGAGAGUGUUUAUGUUCAUGGUGUUGCAGCUGUAAAUUUGAAGAUUGUCUUUAUUCCGUUAUUGGCAUUUGAAAUAAUUAUUCUAAUUGACAAUUUCAGAAUGUGCAGGGCUCUAAUGCCAGGAGAAGAAGAAAGCAUGAGUGAUGAAGCAAUAUGGGAGACAUUACCUCACUUUUGGGUUGCAAUAUCUAUGGUCUUCUUUGUGGCUGCUACAGUCUUCACCCUUCUAAAGCUAUCUGGUGAUGUGGGUGCUCUAGGCUGGUGGGAUUUGUUCAUAAAUUUUGGUAUCGCUGAGUGCUUUGCUUUUCUUGUUUGUACGAAAUGGUCAAAUCCAGCAAUUCAUCGAAAUGCCCAGACUAGAGAAGUUAGUUCAUCUUCUACAACCGUUAGGUAUCUUGACUGGAAUAGUGGCUUAGUAGUUUCAUCAGAGGAGAAUCGAUCUGGGGAUAGAAUGUGUGGGCUGCAAGACAUUGGAGGUCAUAUUAUGAAAAUUCCAUUAAUUGGGUUUCAAGUCCUCCUUUGCAUGCAUUUAGAGGGAACACCUGCCGGUGCUACAAAUAUCCCACUUCCAAUUCUUUUCUCUCCCCUUUUCCUACUUCAAGGUGCUGGUGUGCUAUUUGCUGCAUCUAAGUUGGUAGAGAAGCUUGUUCUUUUAUUAAGGAGCGAAGCUGGCACAGGAAUAUAUUUUAGAUUUUCUUCAAGAGCUCAUGACUGCUUGGGGUUCCUACACCAUGGUUCCAGGCUACUGGGAUGGUGGUCAAUUGAUGAGGGAAGUCGAGAGGAACAGGCCCGACUUUACCAUGAGGGAGCUUCUGGCUAUAACACUUUCUGUGGUUAUCCUCCUGAGAUAGUGAAGAAAAUGCCUAAAAAGGAUCUUGCUGAGGAGGUCUGGAGGCUUCAAGCUGCUCUUGGUGAACAAACAGAAAUCACCAAAUAUAGCCAGCAAGAGUUUGAAAGACUUCAAAAUGAAAAAGUCUUAUGUAGGGUUUGCUUUGAGGGAGAGAUCAGUGUGGUUCUACUUCCCUGUAGGCAUCGUAUCCUUUGCAGUGUCUGCUGUGAAAAGUGUAAAAAGUGUCCAAUUUGCCGAGUAUCUAUUGAGGAGCGCUUGCCUGUCUAUGAUGUUUAGGUUCUAACUUGUUCAACCAUUUUGUAUUAUGAAUAUAAUGAUGUGGAGUGCACAGAGACGGCAAAAUAAGAUUAACAGGGAAGUUCUUGUUUUUUUAUCUUUUAUGGUUGACCAGAACUUCUACCACAGUGAGUGUUACUUGUUCAAAUUAACACGAUAAAGCAUUAGGAGAUAUAGAAAACAUAGCUGCUGUAUUUACAUAUCACCACCUCUUUUUAAUUUGCUUCUGAAAGAAAAAUGUAAAUAGUUCUGACUUUGAUUGGUGCCAUUUCAAGUCCUAAGCUCUUUUUUGUUGCUGCAGAGGUACGCUAGAAGUGUAAGAGCUGUAUAUUAUACUAAUGUAUACAAAUGACUGUUGAAUUUAACAUGCUUAAUUCAGAGAUUCUGCUUUUUGUUAUUUGCAA